ACAAUUUCUGCCGGAUGACGUGGGGCAAAGCCUCGCUGCACAACAUUCCGUGGACUCGCGGUGGCUGCUUCAAGGAGAAAUGCGAUUGUGUCUUCAACGAAGAACAACUUGGCGGAUACUCACUCCCCAAGUGCCCGGGGACCACGAAGACAUGGCUGCCCCUCGAGCAUCAAGUCAAUCUGGCCGAAGCUGAAUAUCAGUCCCAGUUGGCGAAGAUGGGCGCGGGAGCCCAAUUUGAGGUGUUCAAACAAACGUGGGGUAAAAAUUACGCAACGGCAGAAGAGGAAGAGAAACGAUUUAAAAUCUUUGAGAAAAAUUUGGCAGAAAUCAAACGGCUCAACGACCAAAGAGCUGAGCGCGAAGACACUGCCGUUUUCGGAGUCAAUAAAUUCGCGGACCUUACCGAGGAAGAAUUCGAGGAGAAAUACGUGAUGAGCGCAAGUCAAAAAGCGGGUCAAAAACGGCACGAGGUGAUGAAAGGCAAGUCCCCGCCUAGAAAGAUGAGCAAACCUCCGUCGAGACAGAUGAGCAAAUCUCCGUCGAGACGGAUAAGCAAACCUCCGUCUAGAGAGCUGAGCAAACCUCCGUCUAGAAAGACCAGCAAACCUCCAUCGAGAAAGGAAAGCAAGACGCAGAAUUUACGAACGCGAGGGCUUAACCCAUUCAAAAGGAGUAACUCCAAAGACCGCUCUCAAUCUGCCUCCCCUCAGAGAGCCGAUUCCAGGGGGAGGUCGGGCAGGCGCUCGUGGUCGCCCCCCAGGACCGCGUUGAGCGCGGAUGAGCGAUCUUUCUCACUCGGACGAUCAAAUGAUAGGACCUGCAGGAUGGAAGAUGACGAUGAGAAUGGGAAUAGGCGAAGGAGGCGGCGACGGCAGCCACAACAGCAAGAGGAAGAAAUUCCUCGGAUCAUCGGUCCUGACCCCAAUGGCCGCCCCGCUAAAGACUGGCGUGUCCCUGCUCGACUUUAUCCCCCCGUUGAGAAUCAGGAUUGUUAUCGUUGUUUAGACAUGUUACAUAUGGAUUGGGGUUUGGCUUCUUAG